CCGCAUCUAAUUGUUUUUCGCAUAUUUCGCAUGCGAUAAACUUCCAAAUUCAAGUCCAUUAAGAGGCCGGCUCUUCUCACACAGUGCCUUUGCGACGCUUGUAAAGCGAGCAAUUAUGUUUACUUGCAAAUCAUGUACGAGAAAAGCUUUCUCUACAUCAAUCAAUCAUACGUUUCGCCUACAAAAUACCCUUGCGACAGUACGGCCGAUAUACACGCCCGCUUUAUCCCUCCAACGUAGAAAAUAUACGACAACUACUGCGCCGACCAAGAUUUCUCAGCAAGAUGAACACCAGGAUGAUGCAAAGAGGAAAGAGCCCAUCUCUCCGGGGGAAUGGGUCGCCCAAAAACAGCUACAGUAUUUAAAAGAUCCGCUACACAUUCAAGAUUAUGUCAGGAAGACGCUGGCGAGAGGCAAUUUUGAUGAUGCUAUGCUGCUCACGAAAAAGGCCAGCAGGGACACAAUGGUGACGGUCAGUUGGAAUCACUUGAUCGACUAUGUAUUGCAGCAAGGUAAACUUCAUGCUGGAAUCAGGAUAUACAAUGAGAUGAAGAAACAUGGCCAGCUUCCAAACGCUCAAACAUAUACAAUCAUCUUCAAAGGAUGCGCCAUCUCACCUCAUCCAAAACUAGCCAUAUCGGAGGCUAUUAGAAUCUACAACAACAUGUUGUCUAACGACCGCAUAACACCCAACACGAUCCAUCUGAACGCUGUUCUUCAAGUCUGUGCUCUUGCCGAAGAUAUCGAGUCGUUGUUCACUAUCGCUCAGACCGCCAACAAAGGUCUUAGAGCACCAAAUAACCUGACAUAUACAAUCAUCUUAAAUGCCUUACGACGCAAGGUUAAUAGGCGCCAGUACGGUCUUAUUGCGGAUGUAGAUACUCCCGAAAUUACAGAAGCAAAGGCGCAAGCAAUUCAACGAUCCAGAGUCAUAUGGCAAGAAGUUAUAUCGAAGUGGAAGGCUGGUUCCAUCAUUAUUGAUGAAGAAUUAGUCUGCGCGAUGGGAUGGGUUCUGUUAAUGGGCACAUAUCACGAUGCCGAAUCUAUAGAGGCUUUGCUCGAGCAAACAAUGAUGAUCCCGAAGGAUGAUAUGCUCGUCAUCCGUGGGGAAUCUAAGAAAGGGGCGAGUCGUAGCGGAGAUGAUAUAGACGCGAAGCCAGCUACCUCGGUUGAUAGCCGUAAAAUCAAGGCCCCCGGUGUCCCUGCAGUUAGCCACGCGCUUCCGGGAAACAACUCUCUUUCUUUGAUUCUUGCCGCCCUCGAGAAGACCGGGAAGACGUCAAGAGCGCAGCCAUAUUGGGAUAUCUUCACUAAGAAGUAUCACGUUGUACCCGAUGCCAACAACUGGCAUCACAUGCUCACAGCCCUACGCCAUGGGAAGAACAGUGGCCAAACUGUUAUGUGUCUGUGGGAUAUGCCUGCUGAGUUGGUGCUUCCUAAGAACUUCCGUACAGCUAUGAACACUUGUCUACGAGACAAUUUGAACCUCAACGCCUUCAACAACGCCACCGAGGUUUUAAAAAUUAUGCUUUCCAAGCUUAAACUUCCAGAUCCGAUAACUAUGCGCAACUAUCUCCGCGUAGCUCAUGCCUGCAAGCGGUGUUUUUGGGAUCAGUUGAAAAAUAACAACGAUGAUGCAACGAUAGCAUGGAACAAGCAGAUCGCUACAGCUCUCGAGAAUCUCUGGAAACCGUAUUUGGUUAUUGCAAGGCAGUAUGAUGAGGACGGUCCGGAAUCAAACAUGAAACGAGAGCUUGUGGCCCUGGCACGAAAGAUGAUCGCUGCUAGCGAUAGGGUCAUAUCGAGCAAUGUGCUACGCCCAAAAAAUCAGAAAGAAAUUGAAGAGAGACGAAAUAGUCUGAAUAGCCUUGUUGUGCGCCAUUUCGAGGAGAUGAAGGAAAUGUAUCCUGAAUUCCGCCAGGACGAGAAUACUAAGGAAGAGGACGAAGAGCGUGAAGAUGGUGAUAAUCAUAAACCUACACCCUGGAAGUAUCCUCGGAGUAGACCAAUAACGUAUCCCCUAAGUAAACCAAUAAAGGCUUGAGGAUAUGAGUACGGGAAAGCCUCUGCUACUCGGAGCUGGUAGUUAUCUGUACCCUUCGCCCGAAUUCUAUGUAUAAUUAUUACAAUCGUAUAUUCACGGACCAUAAGGCCAAAAUACCCCUUUAUGUAAGAAUAUAGAACAUAUUCACCCAAGGUGUAUAUACUAUCAUUUGAAUUCUCUUGUAUAAAUAAAUAAACGAAUGAAUGAAUAAAA